AUGGCUUCUGCAUCAAAAUUAUACUUGUUGGUUUCUCUAAUGGCAUGUUCCGUCCUACUUGCCUCUGCUGGUAAUUUUUACAGGGACAUGGAUAUCACUUGGGGUGAUGGUCGUGGUAAGAUACUCAACAAUGGACAACUACUUACUCUUUCGCUUGAUAAACCUUCCGGUUCUGGUUUUCAAUCCAAGAACGAAUACCUAUUUGGCAAGAUCGAUAUGCAAAUUAAGCUUGUGCGUGGCAAUUCCGCCGGUACUGUCACUGCCUACUAUGCUAGUAUUGGCAAAGCUCAUUGGACUUCUAAGAAGAGGCCUAACUUGGGGGAAAGGAUUAAACCUCUUUCAAAAGAAGAGGGAACUGGAAACACGGGUAUAGAGAAUAGAGAGCAGAUCAAAGAACAUUCUAUUGUAGAUUCGUUGAUAGUUACAGAAGAUAAGGAAGCGAAAGUUCCGCAGCAGAGGGAUGAGAGAACUGGGGUAGGUCCUCAGUCCAGAAUUGAGACCACUAAUGAAAACGUGAGAACUAAGAAUUCUGGAAGGAAAAAGAAUGGGCAUAACCCCUAUCUGAAUCCUUUUACCCUUUUGGAAUCAGAACCGGAAAGUGGGUUCGAUGACUCCAAUGAUGAGUUCCCAGAUAAUUUGAAUGAGGAUUCUAUAGUGGGAAUUGGUGUCUCGGAAAAACCAAUAAAAGAAGAUGAAAUAAACAAGGAUAAUCAAGUGAAUGUGGAGGAUUGUGAUCAAUCUAGUAAGGAAUCGGAAUAUGAAACAUAUGUGGAGGAGACGGGGGUGGAGAAAUUGAAGCUGUUAGAGGAUGUUUCUCAUUUUAAGCCAAUGAAUAGAGAACAACAUAUAAAAAAGCUUAAGAAUAUCAGUAACCUUCUCGGGGUUUCUCAAGGAGAAAAAGAAAAUGCAAUGGAGAACAUUUUUGAAGGUAUUGUAGAUAGGCACAGAUCUACAAAAUCUGAAAACGAAAUUGCAAAGCUUGCUUGGAAUGGAGUUACUAGCAAUGAGAAUUUGGGGCGUGGAAAAAGAACCCCUGUCAAGAAGAAGUACUAG